CGGUUGGGUUAAUGUUAAUGGGUUCCCUAUAAUAAAACCGCCCAAUAUAAUAUGUCUGCUAUUUUUCCAAUACUUAGGAAUAUUUUCAAGGGUUUCACAAAUAUUAUCUGAAUUUCAGUCCUUUUAUCAUAAAAUUUGACGAACCAAUUUCUUCUCACUCUAAGCGCUCUUGCAUUACUCAUCAGAACGAUUCAUAUACAUACAGGGCUGAACUUUGAAGUUAUUAAAGGCCAGGUUCAAGCCUACUUAGUACAACAAAGUCUUGGAAUGGAGAUCAAUAGAGUGGAAGCCCUUAAGGCAAAAGAAGUUGCAGAGAAGAAGCUGUUGGAUAAGGACUUUGUUGGUGCCCGAGUUUUCGCUCUAAAAGCCCAAAACCUGUUUGCGGGCCUUGAUGGGCUCGCAAAACUGGUUGAAGUCAUCAACGUCUACUGUAACAUUCGGAAGACAAUCAAUGGAGAAGUAGACUGGUACGCCAUCCUCGGCGUGGAUUCUUUGGCAGACAACCAAACAUUGUGGAAGCAUUAUACGAGGAUGUCUUUGACCCUACAGCCCCACAAGAACGACUCUUGCGGGGCCAGUGGGGCCUACAAGAUACUCUCUGAAGCCUGGAGUCUCUUGUCUGAUCCUGCUAAAAGAGCUAGCUAUGACAUGCGACAACGGCUCGCUGUAACAACCGCCGCUAGUAAUAUCCGGCCAACCACCACACAACCACCACCACCACCGGCUUUCCUGCCAGGGAGAAAGACCUUCUGGACUAAAUGCAGCACAUGUGGCACACAUUUCGAGUACUCAGUAGUCUACAUCCACAAACUCAUUGCCUGCGCCCGCUGCCAUUCGCCGUUUUGGGCAACAGAGGAAAGAGCUCAUUUAGAUCGGCUAUUCCCAAAAUGCCCCUCUCCUGGGGCGAGACUCCUUCCAACUCCUCCAAACAUGGCAACAAUGCCGUCUAAAAUGUCUUCUGGGGUUGGCCAAAUGAGGCCAAUGGUGCCACCUUCCUGUCCAGCUACUGCUACUCAAGCAGAGGAAUUCAGGUUCAAAAGAAAGAGGAUGAUGACUCAAAUAAUGGCUUCAAAAGAAAAUGUUUCUGUGAAUAAAAAAACCAAACCCAAAGUUAUGGGGGUGGAGAUGCGCAAUAUGCUAAUAGGGAAGGCCUUAUCAGAAGUAAAAAAGAAAGUAGAGCAAUGGAAUUAUGUAACAGACAAAGAUGAGAAAUAUGACAAUGACAAGCUGUCAUCAUCAGAUAAUCUUCUUCUUGAGUCUUCAACAAUGAGUGUUCCAGAUUCAGAGUUUCAUGAUUUUGAUAAGGACAGAAUGGAAGAAUCUUUUGCAGAGAAUGAAGUAUGGGCUGCUUAUGACUGUGAUGAUGGGAUGCCAAGAUACUAUGCCAUGAUCAAGAAGGUGAUGUCCAAAAGACCAUUCAAGACAUGCAUCAGUUGGUUGAACUCCAAGACUAACAGUGAACUGGGACCUAUGAAAUGGGUUGCUUCUGGGUUUCCCAAAACCAGUGGUGACUUCUGGAUGGGCAAGUCUGUGGUCAACGCUUCCCUCAACACAUUCUCUCACAAGGUCAGGUGGGCAAAAGGUUCCCGCGGUGUCAUCCGGAUCUACCCGAGUAAAGGUGACAUUUGGGCUCUGUACAACGAGUGGUCACCCGAAUGGAACGAGUUGACUCCGGACGGUGUGGUUCACAAGUAUGAGAUGGUUCAAAUAGUCGAUGAAUUCGAGGAGGACGGAGUUGCUAGGGUUGUUCCCCUAGUCAAAGUGCAUGGUCAUAGGUCGGUGUUUAAGCAGCACGCGGACCCCAACGAAAUCCGUUCUAUCCCAAAAGAAGAGAUUUUCAGGCUAUCCCACCAAAUCCCUUCUUAUGUGAUAACGGGUUCUGAAGGUCCAAACGCUCCCCCCUCUACAGGGUUUCUUGAGCUUGAUCCCGCGGCCUUGCCUCUCGAACUCCUAGAUGUCAUAAGAGUUGAGGAACAUGGGAAGGAGGUGGGAGGAGAAAGGAGGCCCCACGGUCAAGAACCCGACAUUGUGGACCCACGUUUUCGUUUGACAUAUUUCAGAAAACGAAAGGGCAAAAAGUCAAUGAUUAAGAGCACUGUUGUGACUGAUGAGAUGAUGACACCCGUGAUCAAAGGGAACAAAGCCUCUUUUGAAAUGACAAUGAAGGGCACAUAAAACUAUAUGAGAGAAGUGACUUUUUGGAAUUAGGGCCAAAUGUAUAGAAUGUUAAAAAGAUAGGUGUUUAAAUGAAACCGAACCUCUUAUGGCGUGACAAUGAAGAGUACAUAGGAGAGAAUUUUUUUUGUGAAAUGUAACAUUAAAUGGUUGUAAAGAAUACAAGUAGAAAUAUGUAGUUUUUUUACUUCAAAAAUGAAAGACAAUAAUGGAU